AUGAACCCGAGUGUAGCGAAGGGCCGCCAGCAUGGCCAUGGCGGCGACGCGCGGGCAUACCACACCCGCGCCCGCUGCGCUAGCACGCCGGCGCGCUCAUGCGGCCUGCUGACACUGACGCGGCCGGCCCGAGCGGCGCUCGGCGCGGGACUGACCUCGCCCGCCGCUGACACCCCCGGACACCCCCAGCCUCAACCUCCCCCCCACACCCGCACCCUGCGCCCCGCCUGCGCCUUCAGGUGCGCGUCGCCGCCCUGCCCCUUAAAAAAUCCUCAGCCCAUUGUGUGGAGGGCAAAUGAGGAUGUUCAAGGUGUUAAGUGGGGCAGCGAGGGCAAGGUCGCUGCAUCCGAGCUCAGCCCCCUCCCCCAGAAAUCCCUUGAAUUUUCCCAUAAUAAUGGCGUACAAGUAGUUAAAGGGAAAUGUCGACGACCGCUCCAAGCGCGGGCCCUG